CAAAAGAACAAGCAGACGCUAUUACAAGUGGGGAAUACCCUUUAAAAAAAAAGAAAAAAAACCUUGAGAAUCGACUGUAAAAGUAAAUAAGCGGCUUGGCUAGUGGCUUGAAUUUUCCUGGUGGUAUAGCCAAAAGGUUCUACAUAACGCGUGGAAGUCGGUUUGUUUGCGUUAGUACAAUGUCAGCGUAAACCAAGUAAGCAUAUUCGUAUACUACUCCUUCCAAAUUACUCGAGGAAAUGGCUAAUGAUCAAGAAUUUUGCUUGCGAUGGAACAACCACCAGUCAAAUCUCAUCUCAGCUUUUCAUGAUUUGAGAAUUGUAGAAGAUUUUGUUGAUGUUACACUAGCUUGUGAAGGUCAGAGUUUACAAGCACAUAAGGUAGUCUUGUCAGCAUGCAGUUCAUUUUUCAGAGAUUUGCUAAAGACAACUCCAUGCAAACACCCUGUUAUUGUCUUGAAAGAUAUUCUCUUUGCUGACCUAUUGGCAUUGGUGGAAUUUGUGUAUAAUGGAGAAGUCAGAGUAAAACAUCAUGGACUUCCAUCCUUUCUGAGAACUGCUGAGGUUCUGAGAGUUAGGGGUCUCACAGAAUCAUCUUCCAAGUUUAAGACUUCCCAAAUAUCUGUUAGUAAUUCAACAGCAAUUCUCCAUGUAGCCAAUAACUGUCCAUCCAUAUCCAGUUCUUUACCAGAUGACAUGCUUGGAAAUAAGUCGGCGGACUCUCCGAUGUUCUCCUCGGGCAUCGAGAACGCGGGUUCUGAUUCAAUUGGACCGUUGGCGGACGUCAAAGUAGAAGAAGUUGACCUUGAUUCAGCUUCGGACGAAGACGAAGAAAUGAUGGGAGCCAGCGCAACAUUCCGGUUUCAAGAAGUGCAUGAUAUUGCUAGAGUAGAAGACAAGCGAAAGGGGCAACAAAUACAGGAAAAUGGUUUAAAUCAACCUUUGCUGACUCUACAGAGUUUCGCGAGAAUUCCGCUACUGGCUGCGCAAGACAUCAUUCCACCAUUUGUUCAUACUUCGCCUCAAGACCCUUAUGUUUCUAAUAACGGUGAAAGACAACCCCAUCUAGAAACGUCUGACCAAAAUGAAUCUGAAAAUCUUUCUGGUCGGACACCAGGCCGUACCUCAUCUUCCGAUCGACCCAGAUGGCCUUGUCCUUUCUGCAUGCGGCUUUUAUCGAGUCGUUCCAGCGUAAGGCGACAUAUUGAGGAUCGACAUACAAACGACACUUCUCGACACCCUUGUCCUCUCUGCGAACGUCUCUACAGAACACGAAACAGUCUGCAAUAUCAUUUAUCGACUGCCCAUCGCGACCGUGAACCCGGACCAAGAGGUAGACCGCGCACUCGCCCACGUUCUCCAUCAGUAACUACCGAUAGUAAUACGACCGGAAAUAAAAGCCCUAUUGAAUCGGAAGUAAAUUCCCGAAAUCAGCAAAACCCAUCGAACCCAUUUAUCAUCUUGAAUCGAAGUCCUUCGUUUGGGAAUCCGCAAACCCCUUUAACUAGCGAGAGUAACGCGUCCGGAAAUAAGAGCCCUGAUGAACCGGAAAUGAACUCAGUAAGAAAUAUUUCUAACUCAUUUCGUAAUCUAAUUCGUAGCCCCUCUGCGGGGCUUCCCCCUACAUAAUUCUCAUGUACAUCAGUUUUAAAAAAUUAUUAGUUGGGUUGAGAAUUUGAACUGUGGCAGUGUGAUAACUGACUGUGUUGGGGAGGGAAAGGAAGUGGCUUGAACUUAAAUGAUGAAUUGUCGGUGCCUUUUGCUGGAGGGUAGGAAUGAACGAAUAAGCGAAUAAGAUCCAGAAAGUUUGGAAUUUUGUUGCAGAUUAGAUCUAUCACAUUUAUGCUGUAUCAUUAAACUUUCAUUAGGUUAGGCUUAGGUGUAGUGCCGUUGAACAAAAUUCCAGACAUAGAUUAAUUGGCUCUAAAUAAUCUCGUGGCUCUGAAUUUGAUGUGAGUUCAUGUAUACCUACUGACUUGUUACCAAUAUUUUAUUCAGAAAGGCUUGUGCCAUAUUUAACUAUUCAGUAGGAAGCAAAACAAUUUCAGUUUACGUUGCUAGUAUAUUUAUUUAGCAUUUUUUAAGUAAAUGUGACGACUUGGAGAACUUUAUGUCUGAUUGCCAAAGGCGCAAUUUGCUAUCUUCCUCUUGUUUACAGUUGUCGAAAUUUCGUAUUCUCUCUCUCCCGGUUACCGUUACCCAUGUGAUAUACAGGAAAUAUACUCAUUAAUGUACUGAUUGUACUAGCAUAAUGGCACUGAAUGUUAUUUUAAUUCGGGAACGUCAAUACAAGAUUCAGAGACGGUGAA